AAAUUUUGACUGGCAGACGGACUAUAACUAUACAACCAACCAUACGUCAUCAUAGCAAAUAUGGUUGCGUUCAACAUACGAGUAUUCCCGAUAUUCACCCUGUACAAACUAGAUGUCACCGCGAAAUGACUAUAAAACUAAUUAAUAUUAUUUCUAGUUUGGCAAUCAAAUAUCAAAUAAUCAUGAUUAGUAAUGUAUUUAAGCGCUAAAUCCAUGAUUAUAUUUUAUACGUAGUUCGCUGAUCCGAAUUACCUAAUAAAUUUGGUAAUUAUUUUAUGAUACAUUGGUUAAAUUUUAACUGACGGACUAUUAUUACACAACCAACCAUAUGUGCUCAUAGUAAAUAUGGUUGCGUUCACCAAAAAAAUACAGAAAUUAUUCCUGAUCCUUGUACACAGGUUUUGCUCAACUAUUAUGUAUUCUCUGUAUCAAGCAUGGUUGACAUUAGGAUCUUGCAGCAGUAUUUCUGAAACGACUCCGGCGCUACCAUCAACAUCACCAUUAAAUUUAUCAACAUCAGCAAAUUUAUCACCAAUUCCUGACGUCUACCUCCAAGUUGGGCCCCACUUGACUCAAUUUUCAGCACACAAAAUAGUUUUAACGACACACAGUGGAUUUUUCAAGGCUGCUAUAGUUAAUCAACAGGGAUCUGCACCAAUAAUGGUUCCAAACGUAAACGUAGAAGAAUUCUCAUCUUUAUUAACAUUCAUGUACACCGGCUACUUGGAUGUUAACGUAAACAACAUCUACAACAUCAUUCUAGCCACGCAUAUCCUACACAUGCCCAGAGCCUUGGAUCUAUGCAGGUCGUUUUUGCUACAAAUCCAACCACCAGAAAUCAGAACCAACAUCGUCAAACCCAUUCCUAGCAGAAAAGCAGUGUUGCCAAGUCAAGAAAUAUAUGCCCCUGUAUACAGCGCGUUAAAUAAAUCUGAAGAUACUCCGUUUAAAACGGUCAUUUCAAAAUACGAAUCUACAGAAAAAACCUCAGCUGUAAAAACAGACGAUGUAGAAGUCGAAUUGGAGAUCCAAUCUAGCAAUUCUCGAAACAGAAUAUACAUUGAAAAACAAAAAAAUAAAAAAUCAAGUCAGGAAGUGUCAAACGAAAAAGUUGUUGUUGAUAUAGCUUGUUGUGAUGGACCAGUAAAAUUCCACAGGGUCAUCAACAAAAAUUACGGAGUAAUCGUCCCUGAAGAAGCAUUUACUAUGUCAGAGGUGAAUCAGAACGAAGCUUUAAAUAAAGUAAUGAACAAAAAUAUAAGAGACCACGUUGAUAACGAGACGGAAAACCAGAGUAAUGAAGUUUUUACUUGUAUAUACUGCAAUCACACCUUCAAGUCUCAAUACUGUUAUCAAAAACAUGCAAGAAGGCAUCUAAAUCCGAUAUCUUCUGUAGGAAUGAAAGUAGCUCAAAAAGAAACUAAAAGAGAAGUAAAAUUGCUUGAUAUGAAUGUUCAGUAUUAUCCGUGCAAGACUUGUGGUAGUAAAUUUCCCAGUUACUAUUUCGUGCAUAAGCACAGAAAGUUGUGUCAUGCUGAAGAAAUGUCGGACAACAACAACAAAAACACAGACGCAAUAUCUGAAGACAUCGAAAGCACUGAGAGCAACUGUAGUGCUAUUGAUGUUGAAGCUGUAAACUUCGAGAACUAGAUACUCAUAGUAGUUGACAGGACGAAAACAGGGGCAAAAAUAUAAUGAUCUUUUUAGUAUUAAUUAAUAAUGACUUAAUUGUUCUUCUUUAUAGACUAGAACUCGAAUACAUCAAAAUUAAAAAUAUUGUAACAUUUCGUUUUGUAAAUACACGUUAAAUAAGUGGUGUUGUGAUAUAGUAAUCAUACUUUUUUUCUGUUUAUUAAAUGUCA